GUGUUUUCUUUGCUUCUCCUCCCUGCCCUGCUUGCAUCUCUCUCUCUCUCUCUCUCUCUCUCUCUCUCUCUCUCUGCAUCCGCAUCCAUGGCGUCCAUCACCAGCAAGGACAAGGAGGAGCCUCUCGAGCUGAAGCAGGGAGGGAGCAAGGUCUUCUCCAAGCUGUUCACCAGGGAGAGCUCGGCCGCCGCGCCGUCCUUCCGGGUGUACUACGGCGUCGCCUCGGCGGGGUCCGUGCCCUUCCUGUGGGAAUCGCAGCCGGGCACGCCCAAGAACGACGCCGUCUCCACGGCCACCCUGCCGCCGCUCACGCCGCCGCCGUCCUACUACACCGCCAGGCAGCAGGCCACUCACAGGCACCACAAGUCUUCCUCCUCCGCCGCCGCCGCCACCUCCGCCGCCGGCAAGAAGCACUCCAAGCAGUACAUCAGCAUCUUCAGCGCCAUCCUGCCCAAGAUCAUCCUGCGCAGGCGAUCCAGCAGGUCCUCGUCGUCCGGCUCGCCCACCUCGUCUUCCUGCUCCUCCUCCUCCUCGUCGGCGUUCUCCUCCGCCGCUUCCUCGGCGUCGUCGCUGUCGUUCCGCAGCGCGCAGUCGCCCGCCUCCUGCUCGUCGAUGCGGAGCAGGGUGUACGCGUUCUCGGUCGCGGACGCCGCCGACAGCGAGGACGAGCGGCCGGCGGCGCCGAUGACGUGCUUCAGCGUGCGGCACGAGAGCUUCAGGGCCUUCAAGGGCUGCCGCGUCGCCAUGACGGUGAAGAGCGCGCUGGCGUCCGUCGGCGGGCACGGCCACGGCCACCAUAGCCCCACCGCCGCAGCUGCAACCGCAUCAGCACAGAAGGUGUGAUGCUCUCGUUAACCCUCGUCGUCAUGGCGCGUGUCGUGCACGCUGUCGCUGUUGCUUGCUUGGAGAGCUGCUGCUGGAGCUUGAUUACUCUGCGUGUUUUAACGGUGUGCCCUGUUUGUCUCACGGAGUAAUGUUGAAAAAAAAUCUAAAAUGGAGCUUAUCAAAGUGUUAUAUAUGGUGAAUUAAGUUUGUAACAGUGUGUAAAUUAAACAAUAAUGUAAUGAGCAUAGCAUGGCUAUGUGACUUCAGAUCAAGUUGCGAAUCAUGCGUGGUGUAUGUGUAGGCUGCUUUUGUUGUACCUGAAACUUAUUCGCCUGCCUUCUCGGUCAGUUCUUCUCAA